AAUAUAAAAGGAAUGGAGGGAGGGAGGGAUGUUUUCCUUUUUCAGAAGUAUUGUCAGUAUUUGCAAGUCUCAAGUCUGUAAUCUGUACCAGCAGCAGAGUUGAAUGUUUGGUAGUUUUGGUACCGUUGCUGAGGCUGUUAUUUAUUCUGCAUAGUACUCGUAGCACACUAGUACCAGUGUCUUUCUUCAGUAAAUUCCAGCUGGUAUAUGUGUAUCCUAUACUGUAAAUACAGUCAAAAGUCAGCUCUUGUUUCCUGGGAUCUGAUCAGAGAUUAGCAGAUAUAAUGAGCCGUUAAACAACCUAGCAAAUGCCGUUAUAAUAACAGAACUACAGUAAUAUCCCCGUGGUCUCUCUCUGGAGGUGCAUAAAAGCGCUGGCAGACUUGCUGCACACCCUGACUGACCUGCCGUGCCCUGACCUCGCCGUUUUCUUCUCUGCCGAUCCUUUCCUUGCUUGCUGCAUCUCUGUCUCUCUGUCUCUCAAUGGCAGCCAUCACCAGCAAGGACAAGGAGGAGGGUCUCCAGCUGAAGCAAGGGGAGAGCAAGGUGUUCUCGAAGCUGUUCACCAGGGAGAGCUCCGCCGCGGCGCCGUCCUUCCGGGUGUACUACGGCGUCGCCUCGGCGGGCUCCGUGCCCUUCCUGUGGGAGUCGCAGCCGGGCACGCCCAAGAACGACGCCAUCUUCUCCACGGCCACCCUGCAGCCGCCGCUCACGCCGCCGCCGUCCUACUACACCGCCGCCAGGCAGAAGCAGGAGCAGGCCGCGCCGGCGCCGCACAGCCUGAGCCACCGCCACCGCCGCAACAGGUCGUCGUCGUCCUCCUCCUCCUCCUCCACCGCCACCGCGGCCACCGGCAAGAACAACAAGAAGCUGAUGUCGACCAAGCAUUACAUCAGCAUCUUCAGCGCCAUGCUGCCCAAGAUGAUCCUGCACAGGCGGUGGUCGUCCGCCAGGUCGGCGCCCUCGUCCGCCGCGUCGCCCUCCUCCUGCUCCUCCUCCUCGUGGUCGUCGUCGGCGUUCUCCUCCUCGGCGUCGUCGUCGCUGUCGCUGUCGUCGUUCCGCAGCACGCAGUCGCCCGCCACGUGCUCGUCGAUGCGGAGCCGGGUGUUCGCGUUCUCGGCCGCGGACGACGACGACGGCCAUGAGGCGGCGGCGCCGAUGAUGUGCUUCAGCGUGCGCCACGAGAGCUUCAGGGCGUUCAGGGGCGGCCGCGUCGCCAUGACGGUGAAGAGCGCCCUGGCGUCCGUCGGCGGCCAUGGGCAUGCUGCUGGUCCCAGUCCCACCGCUGCACAGAAGGUGUAGUGAUUUUCCGUUAUCCUCAUGCAUGGUCACGGUGCGCUGGCCAUGCAUGGUGUCGUCUGCUGCUCUGUUUUAACGGUGUGCCUUUUUGUGUGUCUCUUUCACGGAGUAAUGUUGAAAUCUAUCUCAAGAAGAGGAGCUCAUCAUCAAAGUGUUAUAUAUAUAUAUAUAGUGUGGUGAAUUAAGUCCGUAACCGUGUGUAAAUUAAUAAACAAUAAUGUAAUGAGCAAAUAGCACUUAGCAAGCAUCGGUAUGUGAUGCUAGAUCCCCCCUUGCAAAUCAUGUGUAAUCGUGUGGUAGUACUACAAAGUGUAUGGACUGCUUUUGCUUUCUGGAAA